GGCCGGGCCGGGCGGGGCGGGGUCGCGGGCCCGGAGCUCGGAGGGGGCCGCGGGGUUGGGGCGCCGCGCCGCCUGCUCACUUCUGCAGCCGCGCCUCCGCGCGGCCAGGCUCCGCUCGGAGGGACAUGCGCCUGCCGCGCGCCGCGAGCUCCUAGCUUCCCCGGGACUGCCGGCCGCGGCCCCGAAGCCCGGCUCGGGCGCAGCGCGCGGACCGCUGCAGGCAUGGGGCUGCAGCCCCUGGAGUUCAGCGACUGCUACCUGGACAGCCCGUGGUUCCGGGAGAGGGUCCGCGCCCACGAAGCGGAGCUCGAGAGGACCAACAAGUUCAUCAAGGAGCUCAUCAAGGACGGGAAGAGCCUCAUCGCGGCGACCAAGAGUCUUUCGGCAGCCCAGAGGAAGUUUGCCCGCGCACUCAGAGACUUUAAGUCUGAGUUUAUCGGUGAUGCAGAGACUGAUGAUGAACGCUGCAUAGAUGCUUCCUUACGUGAAUUUUCUAAUUUUUUGAAGAAUCUGGAAGAACAGAGAGAAAUUAUGGCAUUAAGUAUAACUGAAACCCUGAUUAAACCCUUGGAAAAAUUCAGAAAAGAGCAACUUGGAGCUGUAAAGGAAGAAAAAAAGAAGUUUGACAAAGAGACUGAGAAGAACUAUAGCCUAAUUGAUAAACAUUUGAAUUUAUCUGCAAAAAAGAAAGACUCACAUUUACAAGAGGCAGAUAUCCAAGUGGAGCAAAACCGGCAGCACUUUUAUGAACUGUCUCUUGAAUAUGUAUGUAAGCUUCAAGAAAUCCAAGAAAGAAAGAAGUUUGAGUUUGUGGAACCUAUGCUGUCCUUUUUCCAGGGAAUGUUUACUUUCUAUCAUCAGGGCCAUGAACUGGCCAAAGACUUCAAUCACUACAAAAUGGAGCUGCAGAUCAACAUUCAGAAUACUCGGAAUCGUUUUGAAGGAACAAGGUCAGAAGUAGAAGAGCUUAUGAAUAAAAUCAGACAGAAUCCCAAAGACCAUAAACGAGCGAGCCAGUUCACAGCAGAAGGCUACCUGUAUGUGCAGGAAAAAAGGCCGGCUCCUUUUGGUUCCAGUUGGGUGAAGCACUACUGCAUGUAUCGGAAAGCGGCCAAGAAGUUCAACAUCAUCCCAUUUGAGCAUAGAUCUGGGGGUAAACUUGGGGAUGGAGAGGCAUUCUUUUUGAAAGAAUGUACCAAAAGGCAUACUGACUCCAUCGACAGAAGGUUCUGUUUUGAUGUAGAAGCUGCUGACCGGCCUGGUGUUUCCUUGACCAUGCAGGCGUUUUCAGAAGAGGAAAGGAAGCAGUGGUUGGAGGCUCUGGGUGGAAAAGAAGCUCUGUUCCAUAGUUUUAAUAGAGCCAUCGCCCCAAGACCAGAAGGAAGUGCUCAGCUGGAUAAGAUGGGAUUUACAAUUCUCAGAAAAUGCAUCAGUGCAGUUGAAACACGAGGUAUAAAUGACCAAGGAUUGUACAGAGUUGUGGGGGUGAGUUCAAAGGUCCAGAGACUUCUGAGUAUGUUGAUGGAUGUAAAAACAUGCAAUGAGGUGGAUCUGGAAAAUUCCAUAGAUUGGGAAGUGAAGACAAUAACAAGUGCCCUAAAACAGUAUUUGAGGAGUCUUCCAGAACCUCUUAUGACCUAUGAGUUACAUGGAGACUUCAUUGUUCCAGCCAAAAGUGGCAGCCCAGAAUCUCGUGUUAAUGCUAUCCAUUUCUUGGUACACAAACUGCCAGAGAAAAAUAAAGAAAUGUUGGAUAUUUUGGUGAAACACUUAACAAAUGUUUCAAAUCACUCCAAGCAGAACCUAAUGACCGUGGCAAAUUUAGGAGUGGUGUUUGGACCAACUCUGAUGAGGCCGCAGGAAGAAACUGUUGCUGCCAUCAUGGAUUUGAAGUUUCAGAACAUUGUCGUGGAAAUCUUAAUUGAAAAUCAUGAGAAGAUUUUUAGGACCCUGCCUGAUGCCACAUUCCCUGAGCCAGUCUCCCUCUCAGCAUCACCUCCAAACGCUCCACCGAGGCAAUCGAAGAGACAAGGCCAGAGGACUAAGAGGCCCAUCGCUGUGUAUAAUCUCUGUCUUGAGCUGGAAGGUGGUGACAGUCCUAACCCUCCUAAUGAGGGCACCCCUACUGGCAGCCUAGACUCCCUUUCAUCCCCAUCUCCUACGGCUGCAGCUGUCCACGGGCUCCCUGGACCAGACAGAGACCACCUCCUCACGGAUGGGGGUGGCUUUGGGGACUGGGCAUCUAUUGCGCCAAGCCAGACCCGGCCCCCUAUGGUCCAGUGGCUGGCCCCGCAGUCUCCGACCACGCCCAGCUGCAGCCCUGCGGGCACACCUCGCUCACCCAAGUCAUCGUCUUUGCUCCUCCCUUUUGCUGCCACUGAAGUGGACAAGCCAUCAUCUGAAAGCAUCAUCAACCGGAAGGCUCGUGCCGUGUAUCCAUGUGAAGCAGAACACAGCUCAGAAUUAUCUUUUGAAAUUGGAGCAAUUUUUGAGGAUGUGCAAACCUCAAGGGAACCUGGCUGGCUAGAGGGGACUCUGAACGGCAAGAGGGGGCUGAUUCCACAGAAUUAUGUCAAGCUGCUGUAGCACCUGGCCUGUGAGGGCCCCACGUGGACCCUGUACCCAAGGACCUGCCUGGGCGGAACCUACAGCCACCUGGACGCACGGAAAUUACAGAUCAUGGAUUGGCACUGCAGGGGUCGGGAGGGGGGACACACUGCUUGGGGUCGGGGGAAGAGAGGACCCACCACACAGAACUGUGUAGCGAGCUCUGUGGAUGGUGAGAAGGUCAGGAUCUAACAAUGGACUUUUCCUUUGUCAAGCCUUGGCAGUGGCGGUUUUUGAUUAUCCAGUCUCUAGGGGGAGGGGGGAGAGAAGCCUGCCCGCCCGCUGCCCCCACAGGGGUCACGCCAGCAGGCCCCUCCCUGCGCGGCUGCUGCUGGGGUUUUACAGGGGACUGUCCGUCCUCAUGUCCUUUGCACACUGUGCUCUGGGCUCUGGCCGAAGUGGUGUGGAGGGGCUGCCGCUGGCAGGCAGGGGAAGUAAGUGGCCCGAACCCAGAGGGCAGCAGAGAGAGGCACCUUCCUAGGGGCCGUCCCGGGAUCCCACGCUCGCUCUGAGCACACUGGCAUAUUUAUAACAGGCUUCUCCUGGUGCUUCUCACCUGUGUGCUGUUUCCCAGACACCACCUUUUUGCCCCAAGGUCUCUGUAAAUGAAAUAAAAUGUAAUUUACUAUU